AUGGCAAUCGUCCUGCCGGACAACUUCGCGCGCGGGCUGCCAUGCAGCCUGCCGUUCAGCCACGUCGCAGAGAUAGUCACCGCGCUGGGCGGCGCUGACGUCUCGAAGCACACUCAACGCAAGCGCGCUGCUCGAGACCUCCACUCCCUCGGAAACCAGAUGACGCCCUAUGGCCCCAUCAUCGUGAAGCUCAAGGUCAACGUGCUCGACGUGCCGAUGAUCAACCCGUACGCAUUCCUGAACUACAUGACCGCCAGGUUGCCCGAGUACGGGGAUCUCCUGAAGAGGUGCCGCAUGGAGAACGACAAGCUCACCCUGCUCCUGUACGUGGACGCGGUGCGCGCUGGGAACGUGCUGCGGCCCGACUCCGGCCGCUCCCUCGAAUGCUUCUACUGGUCCAUCGCCGAAUUGCCCGACUGGUUCAGAUCGAGGUCGCAAGGGUGGCUCCCCUGCAUGGUCGUCCGCACUGACACGGUCAAGGAGCUCGUCUGGGGACUGCCCGAACUCAUGAAAGAGAUCGUCCGCGUGUUCGCGAAGCACCCCGAUGGCUGGAGCAUGAAGACCGUCGGCACUAACAUCCAUUGCUCGACGGGUGAUUUCCAUUUCAAGGUCGACAGCGUGGAAGUGCUGUGCGACGAGCUCGCGAUCAAGCAGAUCUGGUCCCUGAAGGGAGCAGCUGGCACCAAACCAUGUUUCUGCUGCAAGAACAUCGUCAGCCGGGGAUUCGAAGGUCACGACUACAUCAAGAGCUUCAGGACGGCAAAGCCUUGCGACUUUGAUUUGCACGACGACCAGUCCUUCAUGGACAUGACCACCUAUCUGAAGAACUUCCUUGACUCAGUUCCUACUCGGAGGGCCGCCGACGAGAUGCAGAAAUAUCUUGGGAUCAAUUUCGAGCCUGGCACUCUGCUCUGGGACCCUGAGUUCGCGAACGACGUCAUUAAGCCUAUUACUGGGACUCGGUGGGACUGGAUGCACGUCCUCAUGGCGAGCGGCGGCGUGGCCCAAUACACAGCGAACAAGUUCAUCUACGAGUUGAAGCACGCGCACAACAUCUCACUUGACGACCUUGACCGCUUCAAUGGCACCAUCAUCUGGCCAAAGACGUGCCCGAAGCCUUUGACGAAGAAGUUCUUCAAGGACCGAUUCGUUGACGACGUUGGGGGGCACCUUAGAUGCUUUGCUUCGGAGAUAUUCAGCGUGCUCGCCGUGCUCGAGCUCUUCGUAGACAUGGUCUUGGAGCCGCAGAUCGCGAUGGUGGAGCAAUGCAUGUGUUUGAAGGCCAUGCGAAAGAUCGUCUGCAUUCUGAACUUGGACAGCAAAGCUGUAGGCAAGGUGAACGAGCUCAGAGCGGCCAUCGUGAUACACUUCAAAUUGUUCACUCGCCUGAACCCCGAGUGCGUCAAGCCGAAGUUGCACUUUCUGUGGCACGUGCCCGACCAGAUCGAGAGGGGCAACUCAAACCUGAGCUGCUUCGGCCCCGAACGCCGGCACCGCUUGGUAAAAGGUAUCGGUUCGCACGUCUUCAACCAGAUGGAGUCGCACAUCCUGGCCAAGCUGCUGAACGACUGCUACGCGAACAUAGUCGACCGCAGGGAGACGCUCCAACAGACCUACCUCAUGCCGCGCAGGCCUUGGGUCGUGCCCGACAGCUUCCGCAACGUCUUCGUCAACCUGCACAUGGUCUACGUGUCAGAAAAGGUGCACUGCGGGGUCGGUUGCAUCAUGGCUCGGGACCUGAUCCAGACCACCAUGAACGUCGGCUGCGCGAAGUUCUUCAUGGAGGUGGAGAUGAUGAACGGAGAGAAGAAGCAUUUCGUGCAGAUGGGCGUUUACAUCCAGCCCAACCCAGACAAUCCUUCGUGGAGUGCGUCCGGCUACGGAGAUGUUCUGGAGCCUAUCGACAACGUGCAGUGCGUGCUGCCCUACGUGAAGUCGCAGGGCGGCGUCCUGCCUAUCUUCCCGCGUCUAGGGUAA